AGCGGCGGUCUACUCGGAAGUACUAUGAUGCCGCUGCACGUGGAGGGUGGCUCGCAAGUGCAGGUACCGCGGGCCCUGAUGCAGGCGUUCCUACAGCAGGAUCCGAAUCAUCCGGGCCUGGAGACGGUCCGCUUGCCGGCUCCAUCGUGUGGCGCCGAUGAAGGCGGACCACCUCAACACUGUCGCGAAGUGGAGACUGAGCUGUGCCUCGUCUGUCGCCGUUGCGGCCGCGCGUAUCCGCAGGAAUCGUCGCUAUUGGCACACCAGCGGUCUUGCUAUCUCGGCAAUCAACAACGUCGCGGCGCCCUGCGUCUCGUGCAAGUGCGUUACUGCUGUUCGUUAUGCGAGCCCGGCGUAUCAACGCGCACCUACACCACCGUGAGCGAGUGGCGUCGUCACGCCGAGACGCUGCAGCAUCGAGUGCGUCUCGAGGCCGCUCAAGAACGCCAGCAACAGCAACAGCAACAGCAACAAUAUGACGGCGGCGCACAAUCCGGCGAGGAAACGAACCCGCUUACCGACGAGAUGGAGGACGUCGUCAAUCAGAUCACUCUAUUGGCGGCUCGCGCGGCCGCCGAGAGUACAACUGGUCAACUACAGGCCAGUGACCGGAUCGGCAGUCAGGACAACAACAAUGGACCCGAUGCCAAGCGGCAGAAACUGGUGCAAGAAGUCACCGCUCUCACCGGUGCACGUUAAACGCCACCAUAUCGAAGCUCGGGGAUUGGUCUACCAUCUCUCUCAAAAACAGGAAAGUUGCGCGCACAAAAUAGCAGCGAAUAACAUUAGAACUAAGGACUGCAAAAGGAAAAAAAGUGAAAAGAUGGGCAAAAGAGGGAGAGACGAGAACCUACAGACGUCACUUGGAGGAGGUCGGACCCCGAGGACGUCGCAGUGAACGAGCCAAUGUUCCUAACCGGCGAUUAACGGGCAAGCACGGAGUGUCCAUCUCGGUGAUGCACCCCGUCGGGGGCAUUUGCCCCGUGGCGGUAGGAGAGGGGGCAGGAAAGGGAGGCACAUUACUCAGGCGCGGACGGUCAUUGAUGUUCUCUCUCUUAAUUUCGUCGUUUAUGCACCGCCAGCACAUAACCACCCUCCAAUCGCUUCUCUGCCCCCUGGCCCCCGCCCCCCGCGGUUCGCCUAUUAUUUUUGUAAUGCGAAUCCCGCGCAGCGCGCGCCGUGAAAAUGCGCGCUCUCCAAAGUUCCUCUCGUAGCACGAAAGAAAAAGAAAAAAAUUAAUAAUAAAAAAAAGGUAGCAAAAGGACAGAGAGAGAGACUCGAUGAAGGACGAGCUAGUCUAGGUGGAAUCGACUGCGGAAUGAUCGAACGAGCGCGAUCGAGAAAUCCUCCUUGCUGGUCGGCCAACAACCGAUCGAUCGGUCGGUCAGUCGGUCGUACGGUCGAUUGAUCGAUCGAUUAGUCAGUGGCUCGAUCAGAUCAAGCUGAUCUUGGGCGCGAUUCUUCUCGGAACGAUGUGCGCGGUAUGUUUCCAGGUGAGGAGAGUACGGGAAGUUCCGGAGGGAAAGUGCGUCGUGCGACGCGGAACGACGCGCGUCGAGGUGGGCUAACUUAAACGUUCCUAUGUAAAGUAAUAAUAAAGAUUUAAAGCAGAGUUACUAAGAAAAGAAAAAGAGAAGCAGGAAGAUACA